GCUAUACAAAGGAGGACCGAUUUCUUUCACGGCGAUCGAUCUUCGGGUCACCUACUAGUUCCAAAACAAUGUCGGUCGAGCAGGAAGAAAGGCAUAAUCCAUCGUUGGAGGUCAUUGAUGAAGAGGAUGACUACCCAACACUCAGCGAGCAUACCCUUCAAGCUCUGAGAGAGUUCCUAAGCGAGCAAAGCUCGGCGACCGGUGAAAGUUUGGAGGACGUGAAGCUGGUAGCGGAGGACUGGAGGCUAAGCCAGUUCUGGUACGAUCGACACACAGCGGAGACUAUUGCGGAGGAGAUAAAAGACAUUUUUGCUUCCACUCGUUCUCCGGUAGCCUGCGUUGCCUGCCCUACCAUUUACGCAUAUCUCAAGAAAAUUGAUCCUGGUAUUCCUGUACAAUUACUAGAGUAUGACAAGCGCUUCGAACAAUAUGGUAGUGAUUAUAUAUUCUACGACUACAACCUUCCAAAAGAAUUGCCGCCAGAAUCUGAACAGGCCUACAAAAUUAUUGUUGCAGACCCUCCUUAUUUGAGCAAGGAGUGCUUGGAGAAAGUAGCGCACACAAUUUCCUAUUUGUCUCAGAGGGAAGAGCUUUAUUUGUUGCUUCUAACAGGAGAGGUGCAAAAGGAAGUUGCAGCCAAGCUCUUAAAGGUGUAUCCUUGUGGUUUCCGGCCUCAGCACACCAAUAAGCUGGGAAAUGAGUUCAGACUCUUCACUAAUUAUGAUCCAGGGCAGAGACUAGGUGGUUGGGAGCAAUUAAGGAACUUAUGAGUUCAGGUGAUCAAUAUUAGUCACAUCUCUACCCUAUCUUUUUUUUAUUUUUUUAUUUUUUUUUUGGGAUAUUUUGGCCAAUUAAGAUAGAUUCACAUACGCAAGACUCAACCCAAGAUCUCUUGAUUGCCAAGCAAAACUCUCAACCAAUAGAUCAAUUUGAGCUGCGAUAGUAUCUCCAUACUCGUAGAUUAUUUUCUUAUUGUGAAAUUAUUCUGUGCAGACGUCGAACACCGUUUAGAGACCAAUCAGAAUAUAUCACGUCACCCCUGGCCUGCUCGGUAUCCGGCUCAGUGCUGCUCGGUACUGCGGCUCAGUACGGAGCUCUGUACUGCUGAUGUAACGCAUUCUGAUUGAUCUCCGUGUGAUGAACUGUGUUUGAAGUCUGCAAAGAAUAAUCUCUCCAACUCUUGGGUCUUUGGCAACCUUUGUGAUUUUAUUCUCAUAGUGGUGAGAAUUUUGUAAGAUUUCCUCUGCAGCAAUCAAACAUUUAUUUAUUUGUGUAUGUCUCAACAUUCCUUUUGUUUUUUUCUUAACAAAGGCAUGAUAACUUGUUGGCUUGG